AAGGGGAAAGGGAAAAAGUCAUUGCUUAGAGAACAAUGAUAAGAAGUGGCAAGAGCUCAGAUCCUGGAGAGAGUGGUAGUGGCUGGCUAAAAUUGCCUAUUGAGACGCUGGUUUCAUGGGCUCGACUUCGAGAUAUCAGCUUUCAUGAUGUUGAGGUAAAAACAACGGGCCCAAAAGGGUCUGCAGUAUUUGCGACAAAAGAUAUUAUUGAUCAAGAUCCCGAGCCACUGAUGACUAUCCCUCGAGAGAUGGUUCUUUCGCUUGAAGGCGUAUACAAUUUUGCAAAAUCCGACCAACACUUGCAAGAAGUCCUUGGAGCACUCGGCGAUUACGGCAGAACAUCCAGAGGAGCCAUCCUUGUUUUCCUUCUUAUGCAAUGCACAAUUGCAUGCCCCGACAUUGAGGAAAAGAUUGGUGUCUCCAAUGGCUGGUCAGACUAUGUGAAAUAUAUCCCAUUGACGCCCUUGCCCUCGGAGUGGACAGAUGAGGAAAGACUUUUACUAACAGGAACUUCCUUGGAAGCGGCUACCAACGCGAAAGUUAAGAGUCUCUCGCGCGAAUUUGAGAAUCUACGUUCAUGCACGGAAUCGAUUCCGUGGUGCAAGAAGUGCUGGUGGGAUGCAAAGACCGGCCUUCUCUCGCUUGAUGAUUGGAAGCAAGUGGACUCCAUGUAUCGCUCACGAGCGUUGCAACUGCCGGGAACCGGCGACUCAAUGGUGCCGUGCCUUGACAUGGCCAAUCAUGCAUCUGGAGAGGAGACUAUUGCGGCUUAUGAGACAGACGGGGAUGGUAAUGCCGUCUUGUUGCUCCGCGAUGGAAAGCAUCUCAGACCCGGUGAUGAAGUGAAUAUAACGUACGGUGAUGAGAAAGGUGCAUGCGAAAUGCUGUUUUCUUAUGGCUUCAUCGAAGACACAAUGAAGAAUGCAAGAGAACUUUUCCUGCAACUUGAUAUUCCAGACGAUGAUCCCUUGAAACCGGCCAAACAAGCUGUCUGUAAAACACCACCGGGUUUUCGCCUCUUUAUAAGGGAAGGAAAGACGAAAUGGGAGAGCGAAUUCAUUUGGCUCGUUUGUGUAAAUGAAGAAGAUGGGCUGGAGUUCAAGGUUCUCCAGACGAAUGAUGGUGGAAGAGAAUUGCAAGCGUUUUGGAAAGGCAGCGAUUUGGAGGACAUUACCAGUCUUAAGAGUUUGCUUGAAGCUGAGCCCUUGUGGGACAUUUUUCAGUUACGAGCUCUAGCCCUACUACAAGACCGGGUCGAGACUCAGCUGCGAAGACUGUAUGAGACAGAGGAUGCGAUCCGAGAGGCUCGUGCGCAGUUGCCGAUAAGCAGUCAGGCUUGGAAUCAAGCUACGCGUCUAAGAGACCUAGAAUGGGAAUUGCUCUCGCAGGCAUAUCGGGAAUUUGAGGAAGAGAAAACCUUAUUAGCGGGAUCGCCGACAGUACGGGAAUUCCUUGGAUUGGAUGCCGGUGAUAAAGCAGAUGAUGAGGACUUCUCUUAAGCCCUAGGAAAGUAAAGUGGUCGGUUGUUCGUCGGGAUGGCAAUCAUGCUACUGACCGUUCCCGAUAUGAUGCAGAUGCUCUUCUUGGAUAGUAUCAGUAAGUGCUUCUCAGAAGAUGAUGAUCUUCAACAAUAGUCAUGCCGGUGAGUGGGAGGAAAGGUUCGGCUCGUCAAGCCUAACAUUCUCACAUUCUAUCGGGCUUUUUGGUAGAAAUGACCAUAUUUGUGCCAAGCUUCAUGGCGGGAACCGUAAAGAGACAAGAUGGCGCUAGGGG